GGAACCGGAAGCGCCUGUGUUGUGGGGCUCUGCGGGUUCAGUAGCGGAGUCCUCCCGGGGCCUCGCUCGCAGCCUGUGGUGUAGCUCUUACUCCGGGGGGUGCCAUGGGGGAAGCGGAGAAGUUUCACUACAUCUACAGCUGUGACCUGGACAUCAACGUGCAGCUUAAGAUAGGAAGUCUGGAGGGAAAGAGAGAACAGAAGAGUUACAAAGCUGUUCUAGAAGACCCGAUGUUGAGGUUUUCAGGGCUGUACCAAGAAACAUGUUCCGACCUUUAUGUAACCUGCCAAGUUUUUGCAGAAGGGAAGCCUCUGGCCUUGCCAGUGAGAACCUCCUACAAGGCAUUUAGUACGAGAUGGAACUGGAAUGAAUGGCUAAAGCUACCUGUGAAAUACCCUGACCUGCCCAGGAAUGCCCAGGUGGCCCUGACCAUAUGGGAUGUGUAUGGCCCAGGAAAGGCGGUGCCUGUGGGGGGGACAACAGUCUCACUGUUUGGAAAGUACGGCAUGUUUCGCCAAGGGAUGCAUGACUUAAAGGUCUGGCCUAACGUGGAAGCAGAUGGAUCAGAACCCACAAAAACUCCCGGGAGAACAAGCAGUACUGUCUCAGAGGACCAGAUGAGCCGCCUUGCCAAGCUCACCAAAGCUCACCGACAAGGACACAUGGUGAAAGUAGACUGGCUGGACAGACUGACAUUUAGAGAAAUAGAAAUGAUAAAUGAGAGUGAAAAGCGAAGUUCCAAUUUCAUGUACUUGAUGGUUGAGUUUCGAUGCGUCAAGUGUGAUGAUAAGGAAUAUGGUAUUGUUUAUUAUGAAAAGGAUGGUGAUGAGUCAUCUCCAAUUUUAACAAGCUUCGAGAUAGUGAAAGUUCCUGACCCUCAGAUGUCUAUGGAGAAUUUAGUUGAGAGCAAGCACCACAAACUUGCCCGAAGUUUAAGAAGUGGGCCUUCUGACCACGAUCUCAAACCCAACGCUGCCACGAGAGAUCAAUUAAAUAUUAUUGUGAGUUAUCCGCCAACCAAGCAGCUUACAUACGAAGAACAAGAUCUUGUAUGGAAGUUUAGGUAUUAUCUUACGAAUCAAGAAAAAGCUUUGACGAAGUUCUUGAAGUGUGUUAACUGGGAUCUACCGCAGGAGGCCAAACAGGCACUGGAGCUGCUGGGAAAGUGGAAGCCAAUGGAUGUGGAGGACUCCUUGGAGCUGCUGUCCUCCCAUUAUACCAACCCCACAGUGAGGCGGUAUGCGGUUGCCAGGUUACGACAGGCGGAUGAUGAGGAUUUGUUGAUGUACCUCUUACAGCUGGUCCAGGCUCUCAAAUACGAAAAUUUUGAUGACAUAAAGAAUGGAUUGGAACCUACCAAGAAGGAUGCUCAGGGCUCAGUGUCAGAGGGUGUGUCGAAUUCUGGAAUAAAUCCUGCAGAAGUGGAAAGCUCCCAAAUUAUAACCAGCCCUCUUCCUCCCGUGUCCUCCCCUCCUCCUGCAUCUAAAACAAAAGAAAGUUCAGAUGGUGAAAAUCUGGAGCAAGAUCUUUGUACCUUCUUGAUAUCAAGAGCCUGCAAAAACUCAACACUGGCUAAUUAUUUAUACUGGUAUGUGAUAGUGGAAUGUGAAGACCAAGAUACUCAGCAGAGAGAUCCGAAGACCCAUGAGAUGUACUUGAAUGUAAUGAGACGAUUCAGCCAGGCACUGCUGAAGGGUGACAAAUCUGUCAGAGUUAUGCGUUCUUUGCUGGCCGCCCAGCAAACGUUUGUGGAUCGGCUGGUGCACCUGAUGAAGGCCGUGCAGCGAGAAAGUGGAAAUCGUAAGAAAAAGAAUGAGAGGCUACAGGCAUUGCUUGGAGACAAUGAAAAAAUGAACUUGUCGGACGUGGAACUCAUUCCAUUGCCUUUAGAACCGCAGGUGAAGAUUCGAGGAAUAAUUCCAGAAACAGCUACACUCUUUAAGAGUGCCUUGAUGCCUGCACAGUUAUUCUUUAAGACAGAAGAUGGAGGCAAAUAUCCAGUCAUAUUUAAGCACGGAGAUGAUUUACGCCAAGAUCAGCUUAUCCUGCAGAUCAUUUCCCUCAUGGACAAGCUGCUACGGAAAGAAAAUCUGGAUUUGAAGUUGACACCCUAUAAAGUAUUAGCCACAAGCACAAAACAUGGCUUCAUGCAGUUCAUUCAGUCAGUUCCUGUGGCUGAAGUUCUCGAUACAGAAGGAAGCAUUCAGAACUUUUUCAGAAAAUACGCACCAAGUGAGAAUGGGCCGAAUGGGAUCAGCGCUGAAGUCAUGGAUACUUACGUCAAAAGCUGCGCUGGAUAUUGCGUGAUCACAUACAUUCUUGGAGUUGGAGACAGGCACCUGGAUAACCUUUUGCUGACAAAAACAGGCAAACUCUUCCACAUAGACUUUGGAUAUAUUUUGGGUCGGGAUCCGAAGCCUCUUCCUCCUCCAAUGAAGCUGAAUAAAGAAAUGGUGGAAGGAAUGGGGGGCACACAGAGUGAACAGUACCAGGAGUUCCGCAAACAGUGUUACACAGCCUUUCUCCACCUCCGAAGGUAUUCUAAUCUAAUUUUGAACUUGUUUUCCUUGAUGGUGGAUGCCAACAUUCCCGAUAUUGCUCUUGAACCAGAUAAGACUGUGAAAAAGGUUCAGGAUAAAUUCCGCCUGGACCUGUCUGACGAAGAGGCCGUGCACUACAUGCAGAGCCUGAUUGAUGAAAGUGUCCACGCUCUGUUUGCCGCGGUCGUGGAACAGAUCCACAAGUUCGCCCAGUACUGGAGAAAAUGAAACUGGGUUUGGCCCAUCAAGAUGCUUGUCUCUGUAAGAAAACUACGUUAAAAGCAACCUGUUAUAUAAGGAAGACUUCAGACUAACAAGCACGGAAGAGAACAUUUCAUCUUCAAGAUACCAUAUAUCCGGAAUGUGCCUCAGUUCUGUUCCCUUGGACGUUACUGCUUAAAUAGGUCUUGAAUGGUUUGUUUUGAAAUACUGUAUAUAGUUAUUUUCAAAUGUAUACAUUGUUAAUAAGCUAAGAAGGAAGACGCUGCUUCCAGAACCAUGUACAUAUUAUGAGAGUUCUGGAGGAAAUUUAUGUUGAAAUAGUCAAACAAUUUAGUCUUUGAGUUUAAAAGUCCUUUUUCCCUUCAUCUCUUCGCAUCAGGAGAGCAGUUAUAUGAAUUUGGAUUAAUUCUCUGUUUUGGUAUUUUGCUUUCUCUCCCUCUCAUUCCCUUUCUCUGUUAUUUCUUCUCCCCUUCCUCCAGUUGUUUUCUUUUCUUUUUUCUCUUGUUUCCCCCCCCCCCCAAUAUACAAUACUUAAAAUUUUACGUGUUAUGGCCCAUUCUUUCACACUUUGAGAAUUGUGUAUAUUUCAAAUAAGAUGGUCAUUUUCUGUUACUUAGAAAUACCGUUUUUUUGUUUCUGUUGUCUUGUAGUUCACAUUUCUCCGAGGUUGUAAGUACAUAUAGCAAGUCCUAAAAAUAUAGCUCUCUGAAUAAUUGUCCAAAAGGUAAUAUGACAGCAGCUUUUUGUAUUGAGCCUAAGAUAUUUUUAUGUGCAAGCAUAAACUGUCUUUCUGCAGUCAUUUUUUAUGAAAACCUAGUUUUUAAGAGCAUUUAAAAAUAGUUCCCCUAGACUUGUUAAUAUAACAUAUCCUUUCUGAUUAAAGCAAAAUGAUUUUUGGUCUUUUAAGACUAGACGUCCCACUAAUCCAUCUAGCUCUCUUGCCUCAUGGAACUUUGGGGAGAAGGAAGACACACACAUGAGAAGAGCAACGCGGUGGUGAUUUUUGCCAGUCGAUGUGUUGCACAGUCGUGCGACUUUGUUUGGAAGGUAAGUAAUACCUCGUUCCUGUGGUGCUGAAUAAAAAGAUUGUGAAAAGGCUAAAUUAAGGCAGUUUUGGAGAAUGCCAUUAAUUACAAUGUUUGCUACCGAACUCAACUCUGUGAGUUUACCUCUCCAGAGUGAGGUUUACCAGCUGGAAGGCAAGCAUAUAUUAAGUGAUGGUCGUAGAGGCAAAUGGAUUGUGAUUUGUAUAAAACAUCCAUGCAGAUGAGAAAAAUGGUAAAAAUGAAAAGACCUCUGCGAAUAUCAUAAGAGAAGCUAUGCCCAAGCUAAAUGGCAAGCUCCGUGCUCUUAUUUUGCUUUUUCUUUGCUUUCUGUAUUUACAUCAUUUUUUUUUCCUUAGCCGUUGGUAACCCGCCUGCAUUCUUAUUCUUUUAAGUCCUAUUUCUAUUGGUACUUUGUCCAAAAAGAAUGGCCCUGUUGAGAGUGACCACUCCAGCUUUCUGAACUUUCUGAAUUCCUCAUUUGUAGCUCUUUAACUGGUGCUUGGUAAAGUGGGGUAUUUUGGGGAUAGCCGCAUCUCCUUUCAGAGGUUGGCAGACCGUUUUCUGAAAAGGGCAAAGAUAGUAAGUACCUUCCGCUUUGGAAAGCAUAUGAUCGUGUUCACAGCUCCUCAACCGUGCUGGAUCAGUAAAUUAGCCACAGAGAAUAGGUAAUCAAACAGCAUGGCCUGAUUGGACCUCAGGCCAUAAUCUGCUGAUCCCUGUUUGAAUCAGCUGUCGGGCAGCGUGGUAUCAUCUGUCUUCAUAAACUCCAUUAUACUUGGCAUGGACGGUAGCAUGGUUUGUAUGUAUAACAUGCUCUAUAAGUAAUUUUUGGAGCAAUAUGAAAUUGUACAAGGGCAAACACUGACAACCGGUAAGGAGGGUUGAUCCUGAGUAACCUUGUAUUCAGUGCAGAUUCAAUAGGGAUUAUGAGGGAGACAGCUUCCUAGGAAGGCAGGCAGGUGUCGACCGAGAAUGGACAGCAGCUUUGGUUUAGCUGAGAGCGUUUUGGCUGUUGGCAGUGAGCCAUCAUGAGAAGAAAAGUGAUACGUUGGUCUCUGUUGCUCAGAGCAAGCUCUGUGCUCCUACUGCUUUCCCCAACUCCCAUUCUUUUAUUGUUUAGAGUUCUGUCUUUACGAUUUGUCUCUGUUUUCCUUUACUGUCAUUGCAUUCAGAUUCUUUGUCAAGUUUUAUAUCUUUUCGAGCACAGUGCUUGCUUUGAGUUUAGACAAAGUAUGUGUGAGGACGCAUUGCCCUAAUUAAAAAUUGCUAGUACCGUGGUCAUGUACUCUGGAGUAUUCAGAGUGGAUCUCUGAGCUGGAGAGACAUUGUGGGCGGCAGCCACAGAAAGCGGGGCCAUCAGAAAGACAUCAAGUGUGGGCCACAGCCCUCAAUUAAGGGAUUGAUGCAGCCUGAUUUUUGCUAGUCUCUGUAUAGAGUUGGAUGUUCCCCAGCUUUUUUGUAUCACAGAGUUUUCAGGUGCAUAUAUAUUGUAAUAAUAACAGUCAACGUGAUUUACAAGGGCUUACCGUUACAUGUCAGGAUUGUGCUAACUGCUUCAGUGCCUUAUCUCACUGUUCUGUGUAGCAGCCCUGGGAGACAGAACAGUCUCCCCAUCCUUCAGAAUUUUAAGGCCAUUGAAUCAUCCGCCCACAGGAAGGCUGCAGAGUGAGAGCAGAGCUGGGAUCUGAAGUUGAGUUACUCAGAUUCCAGUGAUCACGGGCUUGACCGUCAAAUCCUCCCGGCCUCUGUUUCUCAUGAGGCAGUGGUGCUAAAACUGACCCCGUGUGUGUGUGUGUGUGUGUGUGAGACUGUGGCUCGUUAGACUGGAAUCUCCCCAAAACAGAGGCUGUUCUUUUUCUUACUUUUUCUCAUAAACAGGAUUACUGGGAUCGUCAAUAAAUUCUAGAAAUUUCUAAGAAA